AUGUGUGAAGGCCAGGGAAGCCGUUGUUGGACUGGGGUUCGAGGCCUUAUGAAUCUGACAGAUUCGACUUUAGAAGACUUUGUUUCAGAAUUUAUUGCGGCAUGGAAGAGGGUGCAGUUAUGGGAGAUCUUCGGGAGCAUUGUUCUCAUCUACUUCACAUUCCGGCUCCUUCGACGAAUCCUUUUGCGCCGGAAAGUUCGACGUCUUUUGGCUGAAAAGCAGGAGCUUCUCCAGGAAGCUAGAGCACGACUUCUAGACCGCGUUCAAGGUGAUCCUCCUGCUUCCACUCUCAAGGAUCUCUCUGCUCUCGAAAUCCACGACCGGCUCCAAUUUCAGGAGAUGACUCCAUUUGAAGCACUUCGUAUUUAUCAAAAAAGGGUUGUCGAUGUUCUUGGCUCCAACUGUGUCUGUGAUGUGAUUGAGGAAGCCGAAGCAACCGCUAAGUCUAUUGACUCGAACUUUCACUCGCCCAUUCGUGGACUACCAGUUAGCGUGAAGGAGAAUAUCGCCAUUGCCGGUUACGAUUCCAGUAUGGGGUUGGUAAGCCGCCUUCUCAAACCUGUCAGGCGUGAUGGCGUAUUAAUUCAGGUUAUUCGUGGUGUUGGAGCCGUUCCUUUCGUUACAACAACCAUGAGUCCUACUGGUUAUUGUCUUGAUGGUUCAACGGAAAUUUUUGGGAAGCAACGGAACCCUUAUGAUGCCAAACGCCUUACUGGUGGGAGUUCGAGUGGUGAGGCGGUUCUAAUCGCCAAAGGCGCAUCACCUCUUGGUUUCGGGACAGAUCUUGCAGGCAGCGUUCGCUUGCCCGCCGCGUUUUGUGGUAUAUGUGCCCUUAAGCCGACCACCCAUCGUGUAAGCACAAUGGGUGUAGAAUCUGUCUCCGAGACUGGAUGUAUUGGCCUGCGUCCCGUCUUUGGUCCUAUGGCUAGGCAUACGCGUCUCCUCACCGAUGCUAUGCGAGCUAUUCUCACAUCCGUUAUGUUUAAUCUAGAUCCGCGCACUCCUCAUCUUCCAUUCCAUGAAGGUGUUUUCUCGUCCAGCAAACCUCUCUUGAUUGGAUUCUACACUAAUUUUGGGGGGGACAUUGCUAUGAAGGUUGUUCCUUCUGUCGAAUCUGCUCUUUUUCGUGCAAAAGCUGGUUUACAGGCUAAAGGUCACACAUUGGUGGAUUUCGAGGUGCCAGAACCCAACAAAGUAGUCUGUCUUACUGUGAAAAGCAUGCUAGGUGAUGGGGGAGUUGCCUUCUGUGAGGCCGCGCGCUGCGAGCCUGCUAAUCCGCGUCUUCGACGUACUCGCUUUCUCCUCGGAGUACCUGCUCUGCUGAGACGAAUGGUUGGGUGGUUUGUUUCCACCUUCUUCAGUAAGUCGAUCGGUGCGGUGUUUCAUGCGUCGACGGGCUGUCAAACGGCUUUGGAGGUGUUUACCGUUUCGAAAGAAGUCGAGACGUAUCGAGAGGAAUUUGCAAAGGCUUGGGCGGCUGCGAAAAUUGAUGUUCUUCUCGGUCCCGCUUUUCCCUUUCCCGCUCCACUUGAGGGCACUCCGGAUGUACUGCUAGCCGGUGCUGUGACUUUUACAUCGAUCUACAACCUAUUGGACUACCCUGCCGGUGUGGUUCCGGUAUCGAAGGUCAAUGAAAGUGACGUGGAAGCCUGCAGAAAGCUAGAAGGUGAGUAUCGAAAAGCUGGAGACUGGUUGAAUGCUACUCAUGCGAAGCUACAGAGUGAUACGAAGGGACUUCCAGUUGCGGUGCAGGUGGUUGGGAAGCCAUUUGAUGAAGAGACGGUAUUAAGAGUGAUGAAGGAGAUUGAGGAGAGUCUUCCUCUGGAGUAG